AUGGUCAAACGAAAGGCACCGGUCCAAGCAUCGACCAAGACUGGUAAAAGGAACUGCAAAACUGCUACCAAAUCAGCCAAGUCCACAAAACCCACUCAGCCAUCCCGCCUCCUCGCUCUCCCACCAGAACUCCGAAACAGAAUUUACAAGAACGUAGUAACCACCGACCUGAUCUUCCUCUACACCAAGAGCUACACGGAAGGUGCCCCACAGUCCGUCGAGUCUUUCGGCUCAAUCUCCCUGAAUCCGUACGAUAUCCGCGGCACAUGCACCACAAAUCACCAAGAACGACAACCAGGCAAAGAUGGCAAACCAGGAAAGCUAAUCCUCCAAACGAAAGGCACCGGAGCACUCAGCUGGCUGCGGACCAAUCGCCAGGUAUACAAGGAAGCCAAGGCAAUCGUGUAUGCGAACCUCAAGUUCCACAUCUGUCAUCCCUUGGAGUUCUCGGGGCUCGUCACACCACCAAGGAAGUCCCUCACUCGGUAUCCAAACAACCGGUCUUUCUCAUUUUGUGUAAAUGCUACUGUUGAGCAUGAUUCAAAUGGAUUUAGACUUGGUACAGGGCAGCGGCAACAUGGUUGGGAGAACAGCCUCCAUGGUCCUGGAGGUUGCUGCUGCUGCCCGUUUUGCUUUGCGCUGAAUUCGCUACCGAGGGUUCUCGAGUCUCAAUUGAUGAAUAUUGCGCAGCUGGAUCUGAGAGUGUUUUUCAGUUGCAAGUGGAUGUUCAAUGUGAUUGGAACCGCUGAAGACUGGGCGAGGAUGCCGAACCCGUUGACCUGUCUCGAUGAUGACAAGAGCGUGGAUACUUUUGUGAAUGCUUUCUGCGAGCAGAAACCGCUGGGACUGUUUUUGGAGAGGAAUAUUGGGCGUGUGAAAGUAACGCUGGCUUGUGAAAGAAUUGAGCAUUCUGUACCUGACAAAGAACCGUGCUGGUGUCGGGGAAAGAGCAUCGACGAGGAUAGUCUGAGAAGAUUGGAUAUCGUCAAUAAGAUCAAGACGAGGCUAAUGAGAGGCAACGACCAUGGUAGCAGCACUGCCCGAUGA